GCUAGCUACCGGAUCAUAUGCUUAAUGAUGCUGGUAUCGGCCUGAAGGUUGCGUUGAGCUAUUGACUUCGGACUAGCACUACCGCUGACUAACUACCUAGGCGUCUCUAACGCUGCUACUAGGAGAAACAUGUAAUGAAGUACUGUGCUCCCCACUGCUUGCCGAUUGAAGCUCACACGGGACCCCAUGGCGUGUCACUAUGGCCGCAAUACCAGCCGGUCUGGCUGAGUGCAUGACAUUGCAAUUUUCUGCAAUGCACCAAAAUUUCAACCUUCUCAUGGAAGGCUUCCCAGUGAGGACCAAAUACGGACCCAUUUUCAUUUAUAUUUGUGUCUUUUAAAAGAACUGCGGAUUCGUUUUUGCUCGCUCAGCAAUUUUUAUACUACUACUACUACCAGCAAUGACGUUCCUAAUGUACAGAUAGCAGUAAAAGUUUGUAUACCGACGUGCACCUUUGGUAAGGACGACGAUUGGCGUUUCUCAAGACGCCCAAGUGCUGUGUCAAAGACCUCCUGAUUUUGAAGACGUAGCCCUUAACGAUAGGAGGUGACGACGAGUUGUGCAUGUACGUGCUUGGCCGUCGUUCUGUCUCAUGUUGUGCUGAGUGGAUCUUGCGAGGAUGGGCUGUGGGGCGAGUAAGGUUCAACCAAAGGGGGAGCCGCCGAGGGUGACAGCAGAUUGGAACCCCGGCACAGGCGAUCGGCCUUUUACGCUCGGACAGACUAAGCCCAGUGCCAUCAUGUGCAACGCCGAAACCCAGGCAGCGAUACGGGACGUACAAGAUCGAUGCGUUCAAGCAGAUUAUCCGGGUUCGUGCUCUUCCGAAGAAGAUCUCGUUGAGAUAAUGUGGUGCAGUGAAGACGACUGGCAACCUUACAGUCAUUGGCAUUGGGUAGAGGAAAUCGUUACCACCACUCACCUUCAUCUUAAGGAUAUCGGAAUCAUUGACGCCGCUGUACAGACCCUUCGACAGGAUCACCAUGCGACAAAUCGGCAAAUUCAAACAUUACUACACCGAUGUGAGAAAACCGACAUAGAGCCGUUCGGACAGCGUACGAUUUCCGAGACUCUCCCAUUAUCUCAGAACGGAUCACGAGCAGAUCUACGAAAAGGAAGCCUUCAGUCGGCUAACCAAACAAAAAGCGAGAUCGACAAAGCUAUGCCGGUGCACAGCCUUGAUGGCAAUCUAAAAAACAAUGGCGAAACGGGAACUGGGAAAGAUGCUAGUAAAGGAGAAGGAAGAAAUCGUUGUACCAGUAAGAAACAACAGCAACAGAAUCAACUGGAGGAGCACCAGAAGGAACUGAACCGUGUAGAGUCCGCAGAACACGAGUUUUCCAUUGAGGAUGUCGUCGAGUCGCCCACUCCCCAAAAGUGUAUGGUCGGUGAAAACGAUACUAAGGCUCUGUCCGACCUCGAGGAUUGGGUAUGCGAUGUGACAUCGGACUUCGAGGGGCAAACGGAGCCCAUCGCAAGGGCCCCCGCUGCGAACGCUCUCGGAGUCACCGAAGAGGAACUGCAUUUCAUUCAACAAGAGCUCGACCAUGCGCACGACUCGUUAUCGCAGGGCAGUGUGCAGGAUAGUUUUAACGGCAGCAGUAGUGUCAAGUCUGCAGGACGCCUUCUCGAAGAGGAUUACUUGGAAAAGGCGGCUGCAGGUUGUGGCUCUAGGGCCGGAACCUUGUCUCCCAUAAGCAAUAGGUUGGCGACGAUCGCGGAGAAACGCGAAAUCGCUGUACAAACGUUAAACGAUGUGACCACGGACGAGGCAGCCGAAUUCGCGGCAAGGCCCCCACCCUGUAAGAAGAAGGAGCUUAUACCGCUUCAGGGAAUCUUCUCCGAUAUUGAUAAAUACGCAUGCAAUGUUCCAUCAGAGAUCGAACGCGGUGGUAUUGAAGACCUGGUGAAUUAUUUGAUGGUUAAAUCACGAAACGACCUCUUCAAAGUUCGCGUCAUCUUCCGGUGGAUUGCCAACAAUAUUUCAUUUGAAUGGAAGUAUGUGGAUGAGAAGCUUACUCCCGAAAAAGUUCUCCUGAAAAAAAAGGGCGUCUGCAAGGAUUAUUGCAGUCUGUUUUGCGAAAUGUGCAGGUGUGCCGGCAUCCGCGUUAAGCAGAUACAAGGAUUUGCUAAGGGGCACGACUACCGACCGGAACAUCAGUUCUCGCCGGGAAGUGACGUGCCACACGCAUGGAAUGCCGUGUUCCUCUUCGGCAGCUGGCGACUCGUAGACGUCACGUGGGGCAGCGGCUUCACGGACCACACGGGCUCGUUUCAGAGGAAACUCAACGAGCACUUCUUCCUAACUGACCCUGAGGCGCUUAUAUGGACCCAUUUUCCUUACGACGAGUUAGAAGCCAACUACGAAAGAUGGCAAUUACUCGAUGUGCCAAUGGAUCUGGCUACGUUCAAUUCCCUUCCUAAGGUGACGCCGCACUUUUUCCAAUUUUCAAUGAAGAUACGCUCGAAGAUCCAAAACCCGGUCGAGUUCCGCGUACGAAGCGAUAUUCGAAUAGCAAGCCACGAGCAUAUGCGAUUCAAAUUUAAAUUAUACCCCUCCGAAGAAGUCGAAAAUUCAAUAUUGAAUAACUAUGUGUUUUGUCACUUGGUGGAGGACCGCCUUGUGGGUUGCUUUGGAAUAACGCCGCCCACCGAAGGCAGAUACUACUUUAAGGUGUACGCGCGUCCGGAACGUGAUAUGGGCAAAGACGACGCUUCGUUGCAAAACGUGGCAGUCUUUCUUCUGAACUGCACACGCGCACGCAAAUAUUUAAUACCGUAUCCUCCCAACGAGGUUCCAUGGGGUCCUACGCAAACAUUCUAUGACUACAACAUGAAACUCGUCAAUCAAAAUGGGCCAGUGAUCGUUUCGUGGGGCGGAAAACGCAAAUUGCAAAUCGACUCGGCAGAAGCAAUGCUUAUUACUCAUCAAGUGCUUAAUGCCGACGGACAAGAAGUCGACACUACCGGUAUGCUAUCACGCGAGGACAAGGACAAACGUAUCACAUUCGUGCUUACCCCGGUACGGGUGGGCUACUUCAAGCUGAUUCUAUUUGGAAUGCCCAAGCCUAAACAGAAGGGCAAAUGGCGGCUUCCGCUCAUUGCCACUUUCCUUAUCGACUGCAAACUCACUAGACUGGUUUUUGACGAAGAGCUGCGAUUGGCGCACCAUCGAAAGCCAGGGGAUCCAGAUCCCGAUGAAGACAAAGAAGACAAGGAUGGUAAAAAAAAGAAGAAGAAAAAGAAGAAAUGAAAAAAAAAACUGUCGAAAUGAAGGAAACACGAGCCGACAAGAGACGUUCAACAUGAGUAGAAAAAUGAAUAGGCUUAAUUUGACAUUCAUAGUUAUACCCUACUUCAGCUAAUAUUUGAAGAUCCUAAUCAUCAGCUUGGUUACUUGGGGGUCAUUAGGUUGACAUCGUAGCUUUUAACAAAGACGAAAACGACUUUUCAGGUUUGAGACUGCCGACGAGCAUGUUAAUUGUGACAUUAGCAGAUGUUGUCAUGAGGAAAGCAUGUCGAAAGCAGUAGCAUUUUUCGUGUGCUAUGUCAUUAAAAAAAAAAAACUUUAUUUAUUUGCCUUUUUCAUAUUUUCGUACAUAACACAAUGUGCUCCUCAAGCAAGAGGGCGAAAAAUUGAGGCGACCCACUUGCUCUGGAACUGAUCGUUCGACUGAUUGCAUCUAAUUCAAGUUAGCGAUUUAUAACGGUUCAAAAAGGCUACUUUUGUAAUAAAUGGUGCUCCAAAAGCUAACUUCCUUACUAGUCGCCUACAACAUUGUUUGCUUCUAUUUGUUGUUGUUAUUGUUAUUAUUUAGACUGAUCCUUAACGAAAUGAUACGAUCGGCAUACCACCGAAAACCAGGGUACCCAGAUCUCGAUGAAGACAAGGAUCUCUUUUUUUGUGUGCCGCACUGUCAGCGUACGUACGCUUUAAGCAAUCUUUAUAUAGAGCUCAGGUGCGAUUCAUUGUUCGAACGGUGUUUUACUUUAAGAACCGGCCUGUAGGUCUUAUA